AUUAGUUUACUGAUUACAUUUGCGAUAUAUGAAUAUUUAUUGGCAUUGGUAAUUAUGGAUUUAUGAUUUAUGAUUUAUGAUUUAUGUAUGGAUUGUAUAUAUAUAUGUGUGUGUGUGUGUGUGUGUGUGUACGGACGAACCCAAAACCGCACCCAUACCCAAGAUUUUUUUUUUUUUUGCCAAAUCCGCGAAUCUGAACCCGAACCGGUAACUUAGUGAAUAUGUAAUGUUAAUGUGGAUGUGAAUAAUGAUUUGCUUAUUAUGUUUAUGAAUCUGAUUAUAAAUACUAAAAGGCUCAUUCAUAAGAUCAUAAUUAAAUAAUUGAUUAUAUAAAUCAUAGUUUAAAAAAUCGCAGACUCGCCACGGACUCGCGCAACCCAGAAAAUACGCCCGAAAACGCAUAAAAGUCACUUUUUUAGAAAAUUUUGCAACUCAUUUGGCAUUUUCUUUGGUUAUAGCAGGUUUGUGGGGUUUGAAGGAGGAGAGGGAAGAGGAUAAAAUCAGCAAAAGAGAUCCAGCAAUGGCAAGUUCAACUCCAAGGGCAACCCCAAGGUUAGGAAGACAAAGAGAUCAAGCAUGGAAAUAUGGGAUUCCAAGAAGCAAAAAAGGGGAGGUCACUUGCACCGAAUGUACAAAAUGGAUGACUGGUGGAAUCAAUAGAUUAAAAUACCACCUUGCUCAAAUACCUAGAUAUGGUGUGGAGGCAUGCCCCAAAUCAACUCCUGAGAUUAUUAGAGAGAUGAAGGCCAUUCUUGCUGAGAAUGAUAUGCAAAAGGAAGAAAGGCAAAAAACAAAAGAAGCCAUGGCAGUUGCAAUGAAUCCCACAUUGUCCACUUUGGGUCCCAUUGGUCACACUCGGGGUCGUUAGUCACUUUCAUCGUUUGGUGACAAUGAGGGUGAGGCUAGUGGCACUCCUGUUAGAUCAGACCCUAAUUUUUUUGUACCACACAAUGUUCCAGGUGCACAACUUUCACUUGAAGGUAUAGGAUGGAAUAGAGAGAAGCAUGAACAAGCAUGGAUAGCAGCUUCAAACUUUUGGUUUUACAAUAAUCUAUCUUAAAAUGCAGCAAACAAUGUGUAUUGGGAAGGUUUUGUUAAUGCAGUAACAGUUGCGGGUAAGGGGUUUAAGGCUCCAACAGGUUAUGACUUCAGUGGACCAUUGCUAGAGAAAGUUGUAAAAAAUACACAAGGUGUGGUUGAUGAUCAAAAAAGGUAUUGGAAGAGAAAAGGAUGGAACAUUUUAUUUGAUGGAUGGACAGAUGGACGGAAUAUGACUCUUCUCAACUUCUUGGUGGCUUCAAAUGGUGCAAUGGUAUUCAUAAAGUCUAUUGAUGUGUCAAAUGAAAUAAAAAAUGCAGAGACUUUGUGUAAUCUGUUGGAUGGGGUGGUUCAAGAAGUUGGAGUUGAGAAUGUUGUCCAAAUUAUCAUGGACAACGCAGCUGCAUAUGUAUCUGCAGGUAGAAUGCUUAUGGAGAGGUAUCCUUCGAUUACAUGGAGUCCUUGUGCUGCACAUUGCUUGGACUUGAUGCUAGAGGACAUUGGGAAGAUUGGAUGGGUGAAAAAGGUGGUUGAAGAUGCAAGAAGUGUCACCAAACUCAUCUACAACCAUACUUGGGUGCUUGCUUUGAUGAGAAAACACACAAAUGGCAAGGACCUUGUGCGACCUGGAGUGACACGAUUUGCUAGCCACUUCAUCACUUUGUAGAGCAUUCUUAGUGCCAUUCCUCAUCUUAAGCAGAUGUUUGUGUCAGAUGCUUGGUUGGGGUCUGCAUACUCCAAAAGACCUGAACUAGAGAAGAUUGUGAGCAUUGUUUUUGAUGAAGGGUUCAAUAAAAGUGGAGAGGAGUUGACUAUGGUGACAGAACCUUUGGUAAGGGUUCUUCGUAUGGUGGGUGGAGAGGGCAUGCCAAUGGGUUUCAUUUAUGAGGCCAUGGAUAGGGCCAAAGAGGCCAUUUCACAUUACUAUCGUGGAAAUACAAGAAAAUGUGAAAUCUUUUGGCGCAUCAUUGAUCGUAGGUGGACAAACCAACUCCACCAACCGAUACAUGCCUUCGCCUACUUUUUGAACCCAAAAUUCUACUUCUCUGAUUCAUUUAGGGCUGAUGAGGAGGUCAUGGUAGGUGUUAUUACAUGCAAUGAUAACAUGGCACCUGAUCUUGAGUUGAGAGAGAAGGUUCUUGAUGAGUUGGAGAUCUACAAAAGCGCAGAGGGGAGACUCUUCUCAUCACAACUAGCAAUUGAUAGGAGAGGAAAACAACAACUAGAUUUAUGGUGGGAGAAUUAUGGUGCUGGCAUGCCUAAUCUUCAAAAGAUAGCUGUCCGUGUUUUGUCUCAGCCAUGCAGUGCUUCUGGGUGUGAACGAAAUUGGAGUGUAUUUGAGAGCAUUCACACAAAGAAGAGAAAUAGAUUGACACAAAAACGGUUCAAUGAUCUAGUAUUUGUUUGAUACAACCUUCACCUUCGAGUUAGAUAGGUGGAGGGUGUUUCACAUGAGGCCAUUGACUUGAAUGAAAUUGAUCCAUAUGGUGACUGGACCCUGAAUGAACAAAAUGAUGGUGACGAUGUCCUCCUUACCGAAGAAGAAAUUGCAGAAAUAGAGAGAGGAGCAGCACAAGAUGCAGAAGGAGCAAGAUUGGAUGAAAUGGAGGAUGAAGAUGAGGACGAAGAUGAGGACUUUGACUUUGAAGAAGAAUCAUUUCACCAUUUAGAUACCACAACACCCACUACUACUACUUCUAGCUCAAGGCCUGAAAAAUUGAGCUAUAUUAGGAAAAAUACAAAGAGGAAGAUGUAGUCUUCUCUUUGGUUUGUUCAUUGUUGUUUUUCACAUUUGGAGUUGGACAUAUCAUUAUAUGUAAUUUUGUGAACAUUUAUAAACUUAUGCUGCCAUUAUACAUU